AUGAGUUCGGACGGCUAUUUCGACGGAGACGACGAUUUUGACGACGCGGCAUUUCAGCAGCUAGAUGCCAUUGAAGCAGCCGCACUUUCUCCUAGGAAGGAUCCUAUUCGGCCUUCAACAAACCCGAAACCUCUCGGGAAAGAGGAUUCAUUCGUGGACGACUUAUCCUUUGACAUUUCCGAAUCCGAACUAGCAAAACUCGAUAAUUUUGUAGAGGAUGCUAUAUCUGGCAGAGCGCAACCUGUGGCAGGUCCAAGUAGGCUCUCUGGCAAACUUCAGACAACGCUCUUUGGAGAUAUCUUGCCGCAAGCUGCACCUGCCAGUAAACCUCGUUCCACUCUUGAGAGGACGAAAUCUUCCAAUCGGAAUCCGUUUGGUCAGCAAGCCCCAAAGACGAAGCUUUGGGAUCAAACGGCCUUUGCAAAGUCUGGGGUCAAGCGUGGGGGGAACAAGAGCAAAGGCAAGGCCAAGGCUACACAAGACGUUGAAGAAGGCGAAGAGGGAGAUAUCGAGUUUGAACAAUUUCCUGCUCCCUUUAUAUCUCUUGGGCCUCCCCCUCCAAUGAGACUGACCCCAGAUCUCCUCGAAGUGAAGCAUUGGAUAUACCCCAUCAAUAAACCGAAAAGAGACUAUCAAUUUAACAUUGUGAAACAUUGUCUCUUUGAAAAUACUCUUGUGGCGUUGCCGACAGGACUCGGAAAGACUUUCAUUGCGGGGGCUGUUAUGCUGAAUUUCUAUCGCUGGUUUCCCGAGGGAAAGGUCGUCUUUGUCGCCCCAACGAAGCCACUGGUUGCCCAGCAGAUCAUGGCUUGCCAUGAAACAUGCGGAAUACCUGGGGGUGACAGCAUAGAAUUAAAUGGCGAAGUUCCCAAGGCGACUCGUGCCCGACAUUGGAGGGAAAAGCGCGUCUUUUUCAUGACUCCUCAAACACUCAUCAAUGAUCUCCAUACCGAAAUCUGUGAUCCACUGGACGUUGUCCUUCUUGUUGUUGACGAAGCGCAUAGAGCUACCGGAGAUUAUGCGUACAAUCAAGUCAUUCGAUUCCUCAUGGCAAAAAACCCACAUUUCCGCGUCCUGGCACUCACAGCCACCCCCGGGAAUAAUCCUGAGGCCGUUCAACUCCUCAUUGACGGACUUCAUAUCAGUCGGAUUGAGAUUCGCGACGAGGAGAGCUUAGACUUGAAGCAGUACAUUCACAAGAAGGUCAUCAAAGAACACAUUAUCAAACCAAAUGAAGACAUUGAGGCGGUUAAAGAAUUGCUGUGCAAAACGAUGAACGUAUAUAUGAAACCUCUGAAGGACUGUGGCUUAAUGCGACCCACCGAUAAUCCAGUCAGUCUUCACCCUUUCAGGCCGCAGAUGAUCGCCCAAGAGCUGCAACAACAUCAAAAACGAUUCUAUGGGAACUUGUCCCUGUUAGGCACGCUUGCGCGAGGAAUGCUAUACCUGCUCACGGGCUCCAUACGUAUGUGCUACGAGUGGUUAGAAGAGGCCUCCCGUAACAGGGAGGAUGACGAGGAUGCUGACAAAGGAAAGAAAAGCUCCAAAGGCAAAAGUUUGCGAAACGAUACUAACUUCCAAGCUGUCAUGCGAGAGCUGGAAACCCAGCGUUCCCGAGGGUUUUCUACGCAUCCGAAGAUGGAAAAACUCAAGUCAAUUCUCGUUCAACAUUUCGGGACAUUCCUUGAAGAUCCUGGCGCGAAGGCAGGCAUCAGUGAACAAGAUCAGACCAGGGUUAUGGUGUUUUCCACACACAGAGGAGCAGUUGACGACAUUGUCGAAGAUCUGCAAAAGGAACGGCCACUCAUUCGUGCUGCUCGAUUCAUUGGUCAGGGCACGGAUAAGCAAGGCAAUAAAGGCCUUGUCCAGAGGGAGCAACUUGAGGUGAUUAAUAAAUUCAAGGCUGGAGAAUAUAAUGUUCUUGUGGCGACUUGUAUUGGUGAGGAGGGUCUCGACAUUGGCGAGAUUGAUGUCACGGUCUGCUACGAUGCAGAUAAAGCACCUACGCGCAUGGUACAACGUUUCGGAAGGACGGGUCGAAAACGAUCCGGCAUCGUACAUGCAUUGCUGGCUGAAGGUCGGGAAGAAUUUAACCUUGAGAAGGCGAAGGGGACAUACAAGGAAGUGCAGAAAACCAUCACUCGCGGUGAACUAUAUGAGCUCUACGCCGAUGUUGAAAGACUGAUUCCUGAUCAUAUCAAACCGGAGUGUUUGGAGAGGGUGAUGGAAAUUCAGCAAUAUAUCCGUGAAGAACCUCGCAGAGGAAGCAUGACAGGCAUGUCCAAGGGGGUGAAACGAAAACGCAAUGAUGACAUCGCAAGAAACAUUCCCACUGGAGCGAGCACUUCAUUUGUCUCUGUACGCGACCUGAUCGUGAAAUCGCGGGCGAGCAAAAAAAGCAAAAAACUUUCGUUGAGCAAAGACUUCGACAAGCUAGGAGAAAACGACAACACGGACGAAGAAAUUGAAUCCGGACGCGUCAUCGCUCCUCCUCGUCGAACCCAGUCAGCCACACCAGCAGAGAAACAAACUACUGCACCAAAACUCCGGAAGGCAUUGACUAUCGAAGGAAGUAAGACGAAGCGGGCGAAGUCGCGAAAAAAAGAAAGGAAGCAAGAGGUGACCUCGAGCCAAUUUUCACAGCAAGGGGUCGACGAUUCGGACGACAUGGACAUCGAAUCUGGGAUGAUUUUACCAUCAACAGCGCUCAGUUUGCAGGUCAAUAUGCGAUCUCCACACUCUGAGGGGAACUCAAGUCCACCAACAGAACUAUCGACAAAGAUGGCAGUCUCCGUUGUUGAUCCGCCAGAUACCAAAUCUGGAGACCCUUCUCUGAAACUUCGUCACUCACCUGGCAUCCCGGAAGCCCAACAGUCAGCCUACCAAAGCAUGGCCUGGUUGGUCGAUGACGACGACGACACUAAUCUCGCAUUUGAGAUUAUCGAUUCAUCUCCACUUAGAGAUCGAAAGCAACCUGUUCUCCAACGCAUCGAGCUUUGGGACGAAUCCAUCGAGGUCUCUCAGCCGAUAGCACUUCUCAAUGGGCAUGUGCGAUCGUCGCCGUCCCUUGAUGCAGAUGAAUCUGUCGAGUUCGUGGAGAAAUCACUCGGAACCACGGGUCCUUCAAAUCUUGUAAAAAGUCAGGGUCGAUCAGUAACUCCGGAGGCCUCGCCACAGAUGCACGGCAACACCAACAAUAACAAAAACUUCUCUCCUCAAUUCAAUCAUAGAACAUGUCAAGAAUCUUCCCCAUGGCCAUCCCCAAGCUCUCCAGUAAACCAGCCAAAGGGGAGUAUGCUUCCCCCAGACCUUCCACGCCGUUUCCUUGCGUCACCUGGAACCCAGGAUUUUCCAGAACCAUCUUUUCCAAUACGCCGUCCUGCCAAUCAAAGCAAAAAGCGUCGCGUAUUUCACGAUGUUUUGGAAUCACCCUCUGAUCAGAUGCCACCCCCAUCGCAGCGUCGCCUGCGUCGGCAAAUCGAAUCAACGCCAGCUCCAGCUCCCAAAAAGACCAAGAGAGCCAAACCUUCCCUUCUCGCGCGGAAUCCCAAUCCUUUGUUCGAUGCUGCAGCGGUGCACUCGGGAGAUGAAGUUAGUGAGGGUUAUUCCGACAGCGAAGAUGAUGAGGAAAGCGAAUCUGACAGACUGUUCCUGAGAGAUUCGCCUUUAACUCAAGUAUCACCGUCCUACGACCAAACGCUGGCAUACCGGCAGAGUUUACUUACGCAAAGUCAGAUUAUCAGUAAAAUUCCCAACUUUGCCGAUCGUCCAGCUCGUAGUGGGCACAUUUUGGGUCGGAGGACGACUGUGUCCCGGACCGAAUUGCCCUCGAGUUCGCCACCCCCGCCUGAUGACGAACUGGACAGUUACGAGAUUGGAAGCUUUGUCGUCGAUGACGAUGAGCCAUACGCUCUCUACGACUGA